AAACCUUCAAAUAUGGAAAAUUCUGUAAUGAUUCCUAAUACUUCAGAGAUUAUUUCCUUGACAAGUGUUGAUCCUUUGGGAUGUAAUAACUCCAAUCCUAUGCCUCUUACAACUCAAUCGAAUAGAAACAAGCCGACUGUUCAGAUUCUUCCUUCGACUGUGCCAUCUUCGUCUGAGUCAGGAAUUCAGGUUCCUUUUGAUUCCUUAAUUGUUCAAAAUACUCAAGGUAUUAAUCUUCAAGCUAGAUCCUCUUUGAACUCCCAAUCCAUUUUGAAAUCUCAAGAUCCUUCGAGGGAUCGAACUUCUCCAAAUAUUCAGAUCUCUGUUCCUGACGCAGAAAUUCUGAUUCCAGCUAUCAUUUUGAAUGUUUAG